ACAACAACAUCGUUCGCGAUGAAAGGCAAACCUCUAUACUCGUAUAAAUAUAAAACAAAACACGACAACCUCUAGCUGAACCAUGGCACACGGCUCGUUUCGGUUGAUGCAGGCGGCUGCCUGCCUGCUGCUGAACAACAAAACCUAACGUAACGAUAGGAGCAGAGCAUCAGCAUUCAGCAUAUAGUCUAGUUUUUCAAUCAGUCAGUCGUCGAUGUCGCGAAGUGCAACUAACAACGGUUUGCUUUUUGCGCUGUCCUCACCGAACGAACGUGACUUUCAUUGAGUCGAGCUCUACAGCUAGCAAAGUGUUUGGUUCGAUCGGAAAAAUAUAAGCAUUAAAUCUUCUCAACAGCGGCUGCACGGUUGCGUUCAAGUUUAGUUUAGCUUUAUUUUAUGUCGAGUGUUUGACCUAUUCCAAAAGUGAUUGUGUGUGUGUGGAGUUGCUGCGGACUCCGUCCGCGGACAAAGUGUUGAACUGCAAUAAGCAAUCGUGCCUGAGGCGCCAUUAGUGGACGUGGGAGUCACUAACUAACACCCCACGACUUUGCCGUUGUUGUUGCUGCUGCUGCUGCUGUAGAAAGCAAAUCAGUCGUCAGUGAAUGUAGGUACUGUGGGAGGAAAUCCCCACUGCUUUAGCUCGAACCAGAUACAUAAAUUUUAGCGUUUGAGAGUGCAAAACCAGCCGAACCAGAAGACGAAGAAGAACCAAAUCCGGAUGUAGCCGCUUCGCGGUCCUCGGUCGUUAGGACAGCAAACAGCAUGAUGAGUGCAAAUUAGUUUAACCGUGCCGAAAACCGAUACCUCACCUUACUCGCAAGCGAGAGCUACCAGUUGUGUGCAUUCUGCUUCGAGCAACGCUGGAGACCGAACCGGAAAUAGCAAUGCAGCCGGUGGUGGUGGUAGCGCCGGUGAUGGAGGAAGACGAGGAGACGGCAUCGACGGUUGCCGUCGAGGUGCUCGGCGAAGUCGCCGAGUCGCAGGCGGAGACGGUGGACGACGAGAACGCAGAACCCCUCCCGUCACCGGGACUCAACGCAACGUCCUUCGCGGACAGCAUGUCCAACCUGAGUGACAUCUCGUCGACGACGGCCAUUCUCAGCAACGGUGGUGGUGGUGGUGGUGCUGGCCACGCCUUGUCGGGAAGUGCCAGCAGCAGUGCCAUCGCUGCAGCCGCUGCUGCUGCUGCGGCUGCAGGCGGAGGCGGUGGAUCUCAGGCCGGUUCCAGUAGGCCACGUAUGGAUAUAGCUUGCGUAAUUGACACCCACCAGGCGCAGCGGAAGGCUGCCUUUGAGGAGCUCAAGCUGGCGUGCAUUCAGGUGUGUGCCAAUAUGCAGCUGCUCGAGUUUGAGAAGCUGGAUUUCGGCGAGCUCAAUUCGGUGGAUGUUUUCUACAAUGCGGACGUGGCUGUGGUGGAUCUGAGUGUGCAAGCGCAGCAGAGUACGCUUAGCUACCAUUUGGGAGUGCGGGAGAGUUUUGAAAUGAAGGAAAAUAUUGUGAUUUAUAACGAUGUUGAAAGUGAGGCCACGCUGAGGAUGAAAAUAUCGUGCGGGAAUUACACGUUUGUGCCCUAUCGGGUUGUUGAAGGGACUGGUUGUGUAGUGACGAAUCCGGGCAAGGGAGGUUACCUGGAGGAUGUUGAAUCGAAGGUUGGGUUGUUGGGUCGUUUGAGGAAAAUAUUCCAAGAUGUGGAGAUUCAGUCGAAAGCGCAUCUGCGGGAGAAGUUUUUGGCGGAUUUGCGCAGUUUGAGGGAUCAGUAUGCUGGGAACGUCGAGGAGCUGCAGAAGAUGUUGAGGAAUAUGCGGAAGAGACUGGAUGAUCCUCAUGUGCUGUCGAAGGAAAUUGUACAAACCUAUAUGUUGUCGUUGAGGGACGUUCAGGACUACGAUGCGAUGGUUCAGAUUGUAGAUGAUUUGCAGACGGUGCCGAACAAACAGAGUUAUAUUAACACCGGGAAUAUGAACUACCUGUAUGCGUUUGCUUUGAACCGUAGAAACAAGGAAGGUGACCGAGAUGCUGCCCUAAAGACUUGCAUUAAAUCGCUUGAAAAGAAAGAGAACCACUUUCCGGACAUGCUCUGCUUGUGUGGUAGAAUUUAUAAGGAUAUUUUCGUGGAAUCCAACCGAACCGAUAAAGAAUCACUGCAAAAUGCCAUCACUUGGUACCGGAAAAGUUUCGAAAUUCAACCGAACGAAUUUGCCGGUAUAAAUCUAGCCACUCUGCUCGUUAUCGAAGGUAAAGAUUUCACCGACUCAGAACUGCAGCACAUCGGAAUGGUGCUAAACAACCUCAUCGGUAAGAAAGGAUCUCUCUCCUCCAUCAAAGACUACUGGAACGUGGCGACGUUCUUCGAAAUCUCCGUACUAGCCGAAAACUACGCUAAAGCCAUUCAAGCCGCGGAAUGCAUGUUCCGGCUGAAACCUCCCAAAUGGUACCUCAAAUCAACCAUAGGAAACAUCACACUAAUCGACUGCUGCCGGCGCAAAUCGGAGGAAUCGUUGGCCUCAAUCGAGCAGCAAAUCUUUCAGUUCUGGAUGGAAUUUUUCCUCGAAGCCACCAACGCGGAACCAUCCUCGACCGUUCGUUUCCCCAUUCUGAUCCAGGAAACGCAGAAAAUCCUCAUGCCAUCGUUCGUGGUAAUUCACAUGAAUGCGGAGCAAAAAUCCAUUGACAUCACAAACAUUUGCCAGCAGCACGAGAAGGAAAAAUGCCGAAAAGUGCAUCACUUCAACUUCCUCGCCAGCCAGAUCAAAUCGGUUAGUUUGUACAAACGGGACGAACGCUGUGCCUAUCUGUACGUCCAGCAAAAUUCGGACGAUUUCCAGAUGUACUUCCCGUCGGUCCAGUGUCGGCAGCAGUUUUACGAUCUGAUCCUGCAGAUGACGGCCGAUCAGGGCUGUGGAUUUAUCGAUCUUUCAACGGAAACCACCAGCGAUGACAUUAGCUACGAGUACGAGCUGGAUGAUAAGAACCGAAGGAUCGUACUGGGUCGCGGUACCUACGGUACCGUUUAUGCUGCUCGCGAUCUAAAUACGCAGGUUAAGAUUGCCGUUAAAGAGGUUCCGGAGAAGUUCAGCCAUGAGGUGCAACCGCUGCACGAGGAAAUCAAGCUGCAUUCGCAGCUGCGCCAUCGGAACAUUGUCCAGUACUGGGGCUCCAAAUCGGAGGAUAACUUCUUUAAGAUUUUUAUGGAACAAGUGCCGGGGGGUUCGCUUUCGGCGCUGCUCCGUUCCAAGUGGGGCCCACUGAAGGACAACGAAGCCACAAUCGCGUUUUAUUCGAAGCAAAUUUUGGAAGGUUUAAAAUACCUGCACGAUCAGAAGAUCGUCCACCGGGAUAUUAAGGGUGAUAACGUGCUGGUCAAUACGUACAGUGGAGUGGUGAAAAUCUCCGAUUUUGGAACGUCGAAGCGUCUGGCGGGGAUUAAUCCGAUAACGGAAACUUUUACCGGAACGCUGCAGUACAUGGCACCGGAGGUUAUCGAUCAGGGGGUGCGUGGUUACGGGCCGGCUGCCGACAUUUGGUCGUUUGGGUGUACGAUUGUGGAGAUGGCAACCGGUAAGCCACCGUUUGUUGAGCUUGGAUCGCCGCAAGCGGCGAUGUUUAAGGUUGGGUUUUACAAGAAGCAUCCGGAAAUACCGGCCGAACUGUCGCCGGUGGCGAAGAACUUUAUCAAGCGGUGCUUUGAGGUGGACGUUGACAAGCGAGCUACGGCGGCCGAUCUGCUGGAGGAUCCGUUUUUGUCCGACAAACACAAAAAGAUGCGUGCUUCCAUCAGCAUUCCGAACUCCGUCAGCACGGCGGAAUUUUCCCGCAGCGUCAGCAUGCCGGUGGACCGGCACAUCAGCAAAACUCUUACCUCCCAGCAAAGCUCGGCCAGUUGCAACACACCGACCAACUCGGAAUCAGAGAAUCUCGCCGAAACUCCAUCGCUGGAAAUUGAAUCUAUUGAUCCGGUUCCGGCUGGCUUUCAGUUGAAUCGGAGGAGCUCCUCCGGAGGGCUGCUCUCACCGGAGGUUGAACUCUCAUCCAGUUCGAGCAAAUCACCACUCGGUGCGGACGCCAGCGAAAGCGACGGGUUCUACUUGCUCAAAAAGGACUCGCAGCGGCGGGCCACCCUGCACAAAGUGCUCGAGCACGAUGAGCGCAAAAUCUGUCAGGUUUGGAUGGAGAAAAUCGUUUCGGACCGGAAGGAGGCCGUGGUCAUUAGUUUGUCCCAUCUGGAAACGCUGAUCAAAGCCCUCCGGACGUACAUCACCGAGCAGAAGAAGGAACAGCUGGAGGCCGUCAUCAGUGGGCUGAAGAAGAGCUUGGACUUCGACUCGACCGCGAUCGAUCAUCUGCACCUGGCGAUGUACUCGUUCCAGGAUGCGGUCAUAACGGUGCUGCGGUCGCACAAUAUUAAGCCGCACUGGAUGUUUGCGUUGGAUAAUUUGGUUAAGAGUGCCGUGCAGGCGGCCAUCAUGAUUCUUUCGCCUGAGUUGGGUCGAAAUUUGGCGGGACAAUUCCACAACGAAGAGGACGAUGACGAGGAUGACGAUGCCAACGAGAUGCAUGGUGGUGGUGGUGGGGCUCGAAAUAGGGGCGGCGGAGGUGGAAUGCGUGGCGAUCGGGCACAGGCUGUCGAUGACGACGAUGACGAUGGGGAACUUUCGACGUCCGGCGUUGGAACGGUUAAUUCCGUGACACUGGCGAAGCCAGCUAAGGUGAGCCGUGCCAAGGCGGCCAGCGAUCAGAUAACGGCACUGCGUGCCGAAAACAUAAGACUGAUGGAAGAUCUGUAUGAAUCUCACAAGACGUACCAUGGCAUUUUCAAAACUGCUCUCGAGGGCCAAUCCACCAACGCGGAGAUGGUGCGAACGCUGGCAGCGCAGCUGGUCUCGGUGACUGGCGCUGGUCGGUACGACGGAGUUUCCCAAGGUUAUGCCAGCGAUCUAACGGACAGUCCGGGCGUAACGGACGAAACAGACGCAGCCAACAACAAUUUUCUUCGGCCAGCUCCGCUGCGAAGCUUGUCGCGCAACGCACAGGACCGUCGGGUGGCCCCAGUUCGGGUUGCAACCCCGCCUGCCAGAGCUCCACAGCAGGACCGAGCUAGAUCGACUGCCAACCAAGUGCUCGACGCCCGGCUGGACGAGUGGCUUGUGCAGAACGGUUUCGGUGCAGCCAUCCGAGACGUUAUUCACGGCGAAGAUUUCAGCUACGAAGAUUUCGUCUACGACAUGGAUCAGGAAGAUCUGCGUCGUAUCGGACUGAGAAUCGGCAUGGAAGUGCGCCUGUGGCGCGCAAUCCGUACCCAUCGCGUGGCUCAUCCGCGCACCGCCUGGCCGGCGCUUCCGCUGGACGCCCUACACCACAAUCCGAUACUGCAAUCUCCACUGUCCACGCAUUCCUCCUCGUCACUGGCCACGGUUUUGCUCACUAAUGGCACCGAUCAGCAGGACCACUUCCAGCGUCCUCAGCAGCCCAAACCGAUCUCCAACUCGAGCAGCUACGACUCGAGCCACUCGGCCGGCACGGCCGCCUCGUCGUCCGACUACGAUUCCUGUCCGGGGAUGGAUUCCUCCUGAACCGACGGGGGGGCUAAGCGUCGAAAAUUGCAGUAACAAUAACAACGAUCAACCCAGUCCAGUGAUUGUCGCGCACUUGCUCGUAAGCGUGCACGCCAAGACGCUAAGGUAAGAGACUCCUCCCAAAAAAGUUUCAAACGACAUAACAAUUACGUACGUACGAACCUACGUAAGGUAGCAUUCUCUCUUGAGCCGGGAGGGGAGACAAACCAACAAGUAAUUAAGUUAAAACAAACAACAGAUAAUCAAAUUAACUACAAUCAAAACUGUUCGAAGCCAAGCUUUCCUUCCUUUCUCUUCUAAGUAGAAGUAGAUUUGUUGUCUCCUUUUUUUGUUUAGUUUGUUCAACUUUCUCCACUAUUAUUUUGAACAUUUUCCUCUUCUAUUUUCGUCCACUUUCUACCUACUUGUGCGCUAUUGCUAGUUUGUUGAUAUUAUGGUAAGAUAUAUUAAUCUUGUUAAAAGUGAAACACUAUUAAAUAGAGUAGAAUGUAAGGGCCAGCGAAUAGUGCGCUAGUGAUUGCCAUAUAUUUUGUUAUCGCUUUAUUACGUGUUAUGUCGACAGAGGACAUAAAAUUGAUCAGCAAUAUUCUUCACAAGCAAAAACAAACGAACAAUCUUUACAAACUAUUUCGUUUCGAGUGAUAACACCAACAAAAAUAGCAACAACAACAAUAAAGUGGGGACGCU